GAUGAGAGAAAAAUCAAUUAAGAGAGAGGGAAAAAAAUCUUGUAGGUAGCUAGAGAGAGAAAAUAAAAGAGGGGAGUGGGGGAAAAGCUGCUUGUGUGGGCUUUGAGGAUAAUGGAAGUGGGAGCUGGAGGAGAUCUUGAGAGGAAAAAAGAUAUAUAGUACUCCAGUGCAUCAUGUCUUCUCUGUAGAGAGCAAAAGGAAAGAAAGGAACUUGCAGCAGCAGCCAGCAGGUACUUCAACACUGACAUGAGUGAUCUCAUCCUCCUGAUACCUCCUAUAUACUUCUUCUUCUCCUCCUCCUUGUUCCUCUUUCCUCUCUCUCUAGGAUCUUCAUCACCUCUCAUGCUCUUUUAGAGAGAGGGGGGGAGGAGAGAGAGUGAGAUUUCUUAUUCUUAGCUAGCACGUGUGCGUGUUGCACCUGCAGCAAGCAGCUCAUGCAUGAUCGAGCUGAGCUGCAUCAUGGAUUCUUGAGGUAAAAGGCACACCAGGAGAAGAUAAUUGAAGAGUGAACCAGAAAGAGUGGGAUAAUUUUUUAAGGAGAAUUUUUAGUUAAUACAUCGAUUGCACACAUAUACCAAGAUUUUGCCAUAGGUGCCGGCGAAAGAUGGCGGCGUACUACCACGGCGGUGGCACGGACAUCCAGGCCCCUGGCGGCGGCAGCGACGGAGGUGGCGGCCUGCAGACGCUCUACCUCAUGAACCCAAGCUACGGCGGCGGCGCCAGUGCCGGCUACAGCGACGCCGGCGCCGGUGCCAGCAUGAUGCUGCUCAACUCGGCGGCCGCCAUGACUCCGGCAUCAUCCUUUGGCCACCACCAGGCCUCGCAGCAGCAACACUUCGUCGGCAUCCCUCUCCAGCAGCCGCCGCCGGCAGGCUCCUCCUACCACAGCCUCUGGACGACCCCAGCCGACAUGUCUUCUUCCUCGCCGCCGCUGACGACAACGGCGGCGCAGGGACAGGGGAUGCAGCAGCAGCAGCAGCACGUGAGCGCAGUGCUCAGCCUGUCGUCGUCCCGCGCUCGCGAGGCGCCGGUGACAGUGGCCGCUGUGGCCGGAGACGAAGACGACGGGAGGUACAGCCAUCUAGUUGCUCCUGGGGUGAUGGCGCCAUCGUCACAGGGGCAGGUGGUGAUGAGCUCCAAGUACCUCAGGGCGGCGCAGGAGCUGCUGGACGAGGUGGUGAGCGUCAGCAAGCAGGGCGGCAUCGAUGACGUCGACGGGAAGCAGGAGGCGGCGGCGAAGAGCGUGAAGAAGAAGGAAGAGGAGGAAGGCGGCGAGGACGCUGCCGGCAAGAGCGCGCCCGAGAUGUCGACGGCGGAGCGGCAGGAGCUGCAGAUGAAGAAGGGGAAGCUGGUUAACAUGCUCGAUGAGGUGGAGCAGAGGUACCGGCAGUACCACGGGCAGAUGCGGUCGGUGUCGUCCUCCUUCGAGUCCCUGGCGGGCGCCGGCGCCGCCCGCACCUACACGUCCCUGGCGCUGCGCACCAUCUCCCGCCAGUUCCGCUGCCUCCGCGACGCCAUCGCCGGCCAGAUCCGCGCCGCCAGCCGCGCCCUCGGCGAGGACCUCGGAGACCUCUCCGGCGGCGGCGGCGGCAGGGGAUCAGGGGUCGGGUCCCGGCUGCGGUACAUCGACCACCAGCUCCGGCAGCAGCGGGCGCUGCAGCAGCUCGGCAUGAUGCAAGGCAGCAGCGCCUGGCGGCCCCAGCGGGGGCUCCCCGAGCGCUCCGUCUCCGUCCUCCGCGCAUGGCUCUUCGAACACUUCCUCCACCCGUACCCCAAGGACUCUGACAAGAUCAUGCUCGCCAAGCAGACCGGGCUCACCCGGAGCCAGGUGUCGAAUUGGUUUAUUAACGCGAGGGUGCGGCUGUGGAAGCCGAUGGUGGAGGAGAUGUACCUGGAGGAGACCAAGGAGCAGCAGAAGCAGCAGGGCGGUGUUAACGGCGACGAGGCGGCGGCGGCGGCGGGCGGGAUCAGGUCCGGUGGUGCGGCGGGGAAGGGCGGCGGCGGCGAGAGUACUGCUACUCCGAGGCCGAUGGGCGGCGGCGGCGGGUUCUACGAUGAGGUCGGAGAUGAGGAAGACGAAGACGGGGGGGUGGGGGAGGAAGAGGAAGAAGACGGGUUCCGGCAGGGGAUGUUCAAGAAGGCUAGAGCGGCGGCCGGCGACGAGCCGCCGGCGGUUCAGACGUUCGACGUGGCGGCUCUGCACCACGCGCAGGCGGCGGCGGCCGCGGCGGCGAGACAGCACGAGGAGCAGGUGAGCCACCGGGAGCUGCUGAUGAAGUUCAUGGAGAGCGGCGGCGGCAAUGGCGCCGCCGCGAGGGACCACCAGGACGGCGGGGCAGGGUACUCGCUGUUCGCGCCGGGCCCUUACGUCGGCCAGUUCGCCGGCUCUGACAACCCCUUCGCGUUCUCCGGCGGCGGUGCUCAUGCCGGCGGCGGCGGCGGGGUCUCGCUCACGCUCGGCCUCCCCCACGGCGCCGGCGAGCAGGCGCCGGCGCCGUUCCUCAUGGGAGGCGGCGGCAAUGGCGCCACGGACAGCGGCGGCGGCGGCGCAGGGUACGAGAUGGAGAUGCAGAGCACCAAGUCGUUCGCGGCUCAGCUCAUGAGAGACUUCGUGGCCUAGCUACCAUGAAUUCACCCAUGAACCAAUACACCAAUGCAUAUAUAAGCACAUAGCGGAAUUAAGUAAGCAAUCAAGUCCCAAAAAAAAUCGGUUAAUUAGUUAAUAAUCUAUCUAGACCUUGUAUAAAAAUAAAAAUGGGUAAGUAAGGAGGGCCAGGUCAUGCUUAGGCCGCCAUGCAUUAAGGUUUAAAAACCUCUAUAUGGGUUUUGGGAGUAUGUAUAGAUGGGACGACAGUGUAUAAACUAGUAUAGUAUAGAUAUAGGCUAGUUAAGGUAAGCUAGUUCCUUGAAGAGAUGUCGUACUUAAAACCCAUACAUUUUACAUGAUUUGAUAGGGCAUAGACGCAUAGUGAUCAUUGGGGGGUAUACAAUAUUGUAAAGGGGUUUAUAUAUGUACAUGGAAGAGCUAUUGGAAUUGGGGGUUCUUGGAAGUGUAUGUGGUAGUUGGUUAGUUAAUUGGCGAUUUGAGUAUUGUUCUUUCUUUUUUGUAUAUUGUAGUGUAUACAAUAUGUAGCUGCAGUGCUGGGGAAAAGAAGAGAUGCAUCGUGAGAUAUUGCAAAUUAUACA